GGUGGACCUAUGGACUGUCGCGCCCGCUGGGUCUUCAGGAAGUAGGGUGGCGCGGCGGGGAAAGGCCUCUUCCGCUCUAGGGUACAGAGCCCAAUGUGGAGGUCGUGGGGCCGCGUCUCUGCCACGUCUCGGCUGACCGCCGGCUGAUUCAUUGGGCUUUCCGUGGGCGCUUUCUCUUCCUCGCGGUCGGUCGCCUUAGGGUCUCACUUCGGUCCAGCACCUGUUGCGGGGGGCAAGACAGCCAUUUCAGGGCCUGGGUCCCCGCUGGGUUUCUCUGAGUUGAAGCGGAGGUGGAAGGAAACACGGUGUUUAUCCUCCCCAGUGGUCUGGAUGAGGGGAACUCAGCCCUGAUGGGAAACGCCGCUCUUUGAAAUCUCCAUUCCAAAUGCUGAAAUGCCUGGAUCCCUGGCGCAGGCCUUUACUGAGCUGCAGUUGGAGUAGGCUGUGCCUUGUGAAGCAGUAUUUGUUUACAAUGAAGUUGCAGUCUCCAGAAUUCCAGUCACUUUUCACAGAAGGAUUGAAGACUCUGACAGAAUUAUUUAUCAAAGAAAAUCAUGAACUGCGAAUAGCAGGAGGAGCAGUGAGGGAUUUAUUAAGUGGAGUAAAGCCUCAGGAUGUGGAUUUUGCCACCACUGCCACCCCCGUGCAGAUGAAGGAGCUCUUCCAGUCGGUUGGCAUCCGUAUGAUUAACAAUAAAGGAGAAAAGCACGGAACGAUUACUGCCAGGCUUCAUGAAGAAAAUUUUGAAAUUACUACACUACGGGUUGAUGUUGCCACCGAUGGAAGACACGCUGAGGUUGAAUUCACAACUGACUGGCAGAAAGACGCUGAGCGCAGAGAUCUAACUAUAAAUUCUAUGUUUUUAGGUUUUGAUGGUACUUUAUUUGACUACUUUAAUGGUUAUGAAGAUUUAAAAAAUAAGAAAGUUAGAUUUGUUGGACAAGCUAAACAGAGGAUACAGGAAGAUUAUCUUCGAAUUUUAAGAUAUUUCAGGUUUUAUGGGAAAAUUGUAGAUAAACCUGGUGACCAUGAUCCUGAGACUUUGGAAGCAAUUGCAGAAAAUGCAAAAGGCUUGGCUGGAAUAUCAGGCGAGAGGAUUUGGGUGGAACUGAAAAAAAUUCUUACUGGUAACCACGUAAAUCAUUUGAUUCACCUCAUGUAUGAUCUUGAUGUGGCUCCUUACAUAGGAUUACCUGCCAAUGCAAGUUUAGAAGAAUUUAACAAAGUCAGUAAAAAUGUUGAAGGUUUUUCACCAAAGCCAAUGACUCUCUUAACCUCAUUAUUCAGAGUACAGGAUGAUGUCACAAAAUUGGAUCUGAGGUUGAAGAUUUCAAAAGAAGAGAAGAAUCUUGGUUUAUUUAUAGUUAAAAACAGGAAGGAUUUAAUUAAAGCAAAAGACAGUUCAGAACCACUGAAACCCUAUCAAGACUUUAUCAUAGAUUGUAGAGAAUCUGAUGCAACUGCUCGUGUAUGUGAGCUCCUCAAGUACCAAGGAGAGCACUGUCUUCUGAAGGAGAUGCAGCAAUGGUCCAUUCCUCCAUUUCCUGUAAGUGGCCAUGACAUCAGAAAAGUGGGCAUUUCUUCCGGAAAAGAAAUUGGGGCUCUCUUACAACAGUUGAGAGAACAGUGGAAGAAAAGUGGUUACCAAAUGGAAAAAGAUGAACUUUUAAGUUACAUAAAGAAGACGUAAAAUUGAUGAGAACUGGCCACUAAAAAGUAGAAAAUGUUUGGAAAGCUUAGUUUUUUUGCCUCCUCCUUAGUGACAAUUAAGAGAUUUGAAUAUGUAGCAAAAACAAAAAAACAAACCAAAAAACCAGCUUUGAGGAUCUAUUCAGAAUAAAUGUCUUAUUUUAUGAAAUAAAUUAUAUUUCGGGCACUAAAGUCUACCUCCUCUUAGUCUGAUUUGUAUCACUGAACCUUGUAAUUCUUUACAAAUAGUUACUACUGAGAAAAGUACAGUUGGCUUCUCCUGUCUGUCUAGGCUUUUUUAAAAAAUUAAGACUUUAAAUUUGUUUUUUUGUUUUUGCAUAGGGCAAUACUAAGACUGAUCCUAAGAAGAAAAAAAUGCUUAAUAUUUGCAAUUGAAAUAACUUGGUUAAUUUUAUAUAAUGAUUGUGUAACGAUAGGUAUCAGCUUAUCUAAUCUCCAGAACAAACGUUUGCCUGCAAAGAAAAUAACUGACAAAUUUGCAUAAAAUACCAUUUAUAAAAUAUGAAGAUCAGCUGUGUCCCAGGUGGCUGUCAUUCCUACAUUCAGGACUUGUUCAGGAAAGCUGGAUUUUAGUUUGUUGUUGAUACUUUUUUCCUCCAUCACAAUGAUUUUCUUUUUUCCUGCUAAGCCUGGGAACCUGUUAUUUUAAUAAACAUUUCCUUUGGAACUGUAAGAUAAAGGUGGUAUCUGACAAUAUAUAUCAGGUGCCAGACAUAGUGACAGUACUCUUGUCACUUUAAGAAAAAGCUUAUGGCCUACAUUUGCUCUUUAAAGAUUUGAGCCCAUCUGCUUUCAGUGGGUGAAGAGGUGUAUGGCAAGUAUGGUCUAUUUCAGCUGCUAUAUUCUCAUAUUUUAUAAUCGAUUUUCCUUUCUCCGUAGCCAGUCACAGCAUCUUUGUGCGCUGUGGGCAAAAAGUGGUUUUGCAAAGCAUAUUUCUGUUAAAGCCCAGAUAAGAGGAAGUAUGAAAAAAGUGUAAGGUUAUGUUGCAAGAAAGGGAGCCUCAGAAACGACUAUACACAGAUCAGUAAUUAAAUAUAUUUUGAGGA